UACCACAUAUUUGUCUCACAUUAUUUCACAUUGUUCCUAGUAUGUAAACCUGAAAGAUGUUAGCAAAGCGAACCGUCUACGUACCUUUAUGCAAAUAAGAACGAUAGGUACAUCCAUAGACAUGUUCGACGACAUGCCAAAUGAUCUUUUGACAAAGCUAAGGUACUUAAGGGUGUUAACCUUGGUAGGUGCUUAUUUCUACAAGUUACCUGAUUCAAUAGGAGAACUAAAACAUCUGCGCUCUCUAGAAGUGUCUGACACCGAGAUUAUAAGGUUACCUGAAUCCAUCUGCAGUUUGUACAAUUUGCAAACACUCAAGUUAGUUGGAUGUUAUAAUCUUAUUGAACUUCCAAAAGAUAUUCAUAAACUUGUCAACUUGCGCUACUUGGAUAUUAGAGGCACUUGCUUGAAGUCGAUGCCAUUGAAAAUCGGUGAAUUGAAAAACCUUAAAAAGUUGAGUGACUUUUUUGUUGGCGAAGAUCAUGGAUCUUCCAUUAGUGAACUGGGAGAGCUAUGUAAUUUACAUGCAUCUUUGUUCAUUCAUGACAUAGAACAUGUUGUCAAUUAUAAGGAUUCUGAAAAGGCGAAAUUGAAGGAAAAAUAUGGCCUUGAAAAAUUGUCUUUGGAUUGGGGUGGAAGUGGUGAUACCGAUAACUCAUAGCAUGAAAAGACAAUACUGCGCAGCCUCGAACCACACACACUAAUUUGAAUGAGCUUGAUAUCAAUGACUAUCCUGGCACAGAGUUUCCAGAUUGGUUAGGGGACUACUACUUUUGCAACAUGGUGUCCUUAAAGCUUAAAGGAUGUAAAUAUUGCUAAGAAUUGCCUCCACUUGGACAACUUCCGAUGUUG